AUGCAAAACCUAAUAGGAAAAAUUUAUACAAAUUGUAUAUACAUUAUUCUGUUGAUAUUAUUAUAUGAUGUUCAAAAUGGGUUAACUCAACUAAAUCCAUAUUUUCAAUUCAUACCACAAAAUGAUAAUUUACAUACUAAAGUAUAUGAUUAUUCAAAAGGAUUUGUUGAAGAUCAUUUCACCUAUGAAUUACAAUAUCCGAUCCCAAUAUAUGAAACACUAAUUAAAAAAAUCACUAUCCGUAAAAAUGGUCUCCUAGCACUAGAUAGCAUUUCUGAUGAUAAUUUGCCAUCACAUUAUCCUGUCAAUACGAGUAUCACAAAUCAACGAUUACAAGAUUUUGAUGGACGAUAUUUAAGCAUUUUCAGUUCAGUGAAUGAUGGAAAAUGUGGAAGAAUUAGUGUCACGGAAAUCGAUUUACUAUCACCUUCAAAACUACCAUGUGUAGAGAGAAUGCAAAUAGAUCGUCUAAUAAAGUUUAUACAUUUAUCAUAUAUCGAAGAAUCUGAAUUAAAAGCUCAGUAUAUUGUACAUAUACUGUGGGAAAACAUGACAAACGCUUACCUAAUCAACCAGAAAGCUAAUACGUAUGGAAUGAUAAUAAUUUCUAAUGGAAUCCGUUCUUACGCUUUUAUGCAAUACAUAAAAAUUGAGUGGAAUGAAAAUGAUGUCGCAGAGAAUCUAGCUUUACCACCUGAAUCUGGUAUAUUUAUGAGACCUUUUGGAGGUUAUCAGUUGCCAAGAAGUUCUCAAGCUGUAGAACCAAAUAUAUGGUUAACUGAAACAAACAUAGCCCUACAUGGAGAAUGGCUUGUUCCUUUAUACAAAUCGGAAAAUAUAGCUAAAAUAAAUGUUAAGAAUUUAAGUGCAGUUGCCAGUGAAUUUGUUACAUCUUUGACAAGUGUUUGUGAGGGUUCACUUCAUUCACAUAAAUCAAAUAAUGAAACACCAUCUGAUACGGUCGUCAUUAAAAAUGUAAACAUUGACAAUACAUCAGAAGAGCCGAUUGCUAGAACACAGAGUUUUAAAAGAGCUUUGGAAAGCUUUGAUGAUUAUGACCUUAACGUCUCAUCAAAUGACUAUAGUUAUGGAAUGACUGAAAAUGUACCGAAAGCUGCAUGGAAUAUCCUAAGUGAUGAAACUGAAUUCUCAGGUGUUGAUCCGAUUAAUCAAAAUGAAGUGAAUAUUCUACCAGAGAAUGAAACUGGGGAUAAUUUUUAUCAUGAGAGUAAUCAAUUUGUUGUUGAUAAUAAAGAGUACACACCCACAGACAGAAUUACGACACAAACUUACUAUCCUUUGGGUCGGUAUGAUGGAGAUGAGGAAAGGCAGGAGAUACAUGAACCUCUUAUUGUACCAGUCACUAUACACCCGUUGGGUGAUGACGAUGAUGGUGAAGAAGAUAUAACCGAUAAUAAGGGAGAAUACAAAUCCGUGAAUAAAACGUUUUCAAACAGUUUGGUGAAAUGUGAUGCUGUUAGUGAAUGUAAUAGUCAUAACACAGAAUGCUAUCGAGUUGACAACUCUGCCUGCUGUGUAUGCAGUGAUGGAUUUUACGGUGCAGGAGAUGCCAAGUGUUGGUCCGAAGUCAAUGACCAUAAAUUUUCUUUUUCUGGUUCCCUAACCACACGCUUUGGUAUUGAGAAUACCAGUUCACCUCUGCUUAUCUAUCUGGAUAUUCAACAUGGUUCACUAAGACGCAGUUCUAGCGGAAUUCGUGGUGGCCGAACAAACGACAAAAUAUAUUCAACUAUGCGUUUAAUUACACCUGUAUUUCAUAUUUUAAAUUCAAUGGUUUCUAGUCCUUGUGAAAAUAUUCCAAAAGGUGAACGUGUUUAUAAUCUUUUCACGUUAGGAAAUGGAUUACAACGUCCUUUCAAAGUGUUAUUCCAGUUUGAUAUUGAAAGAGUUGGGAAAUUUACAAUCCAAGCCGUACUUGAGCUACACGAUUUUACAACAGGAGCAUACGCCAGUGGUGUAAUACAGCUAGAGGCGUUCAGUACAGAAAGUUUAAACCUACUCGAUCAGUCUUAUAUAGAGGCUUACAGUGCUUCUGAUAAGCCAGAUAAAACGUAUUACGCUAAUUAUAAAAUUGAUGAUCAUGGCCGUGUUGUAUUUCCUGAGCAAACUGUUAAAUUUAUUGUUGAGCAUCGUGACUCAAAUGAAAUAAGUAAUUUUCCUGAAGAAAUUAAUGUACACUGGUCUGCUGUUGCUGAGUCAGAAAGUUGUUUGCUCAAACAAGUCAGCUCUAUACCUAGGGAUAAAUCGUAUUAUAUUCGUCUCAAAGAUCGUGGUUACUGUAGUGAGGAUUGUUCAUCACCAGAUGGCACAUGUAAUUUGUUCUGUGUAGACGAACCUUUAUUAUUAGCUACAGAACCAAGUCCUUGUGACUGUGUAACGUGUGAUCGUCAUGGUGAAGUGUGUCGACCAGAGGGCGCGAGUUAUAGAUGUGAAUGUGGUCAGGGCUUGAAGUUAAUGCCUGACAAUACAUGUCAAGCUACUUCAUUGGUGGAUGUAACUAACUAUCUCGGUGUACAGUGUGGUUCUGUCAAUUGUCAUACCCAUGCUCGUUGUAUUGAUCCAAAUCAAGCGUUUUGUCAAUGCUUACCUGGCUACAGAGGAGAUGGUGUUAGCCAUUGUGAAAGUGAUCCAUGUUCUAAAUGUCGUCGUAAUGAGAUUUGUGAAAAUGGUAUAUGUAUAGCAAGUGGUGUUGAUCUAUGUGAAGGGAUUCAGUGUGGAGAACAAGCGUUCUGUCAAGAUGGUGCUUGCGUUUGUACACCAGGUUAUACUGGCGACCCAGUUGUCAAAUGUUACGAAGAAAGGGAUCGAUGUUUUCAAGUACGUUGUCAUCCAAAUGCACAAUGUUAUAAUAACGAAUGUCAUUGUGUAGAAGGUUUUCAAGGUGAUGGGUAUUAUGAUUGUAAGCCUGAAGUUUACGAUCCAUGCUCUGAGGUUAGGUGUCAUCCAUAUGCUAAAUGCAGAAAUGGUAACUGUGAGUGUCUGGCUGACUAUUAUGGUGAUGGUUAUCAUGUUUGUAAACCACGUAAUUAUGAUCCAUGUGAUUAUGUUCAAUGUCACCAGUAUGGAUAUUGUAUUAAUGGUAGCUGUCAGUGUCGCACUGGAUUCGAAGGAAAUGGUUACUACGACUGCCGCCGUAUUCAAGUAGAUCCUUGUUCUCAUGUACAAUGUCAUUAUGAUGCCACAUGUCACAAUGGUGUUUGUACAUGUAAAGAUGGUUAUAUUGGUGAUGGUUAUAGGGAGUGUAGACCUAGAGAAACCGAUUUAUGUCAUCACAUUCAAUGUCAUCCAUAUGCACAGUGUGAAAAUGGACAGUGUCAUUGUAUUGAAGGUUAUAUUGGUGAUGGAUAUUACGAUUGUCAUGUAAGAGAUCCUUGCACUGGUGUAAAAUGUCAUCAAUAUGGAGAGUGCAUCAGUGGACGAUGUCAUUGUCUUAGAGGAUACGAAGGUGAUGGGUAUUAUGAUUGUAGGCAAACAGUUACUGAUCCAUGUUCAAAUGUUCAGUGUCAUCCUAAUGGUUAUUGUAGAAAUGGACGUUGUUUAUGUUUAAACGGUUAUGAAGGUGAUGGUUAUUAUGAAUGUCGUCCAGUUCAUAGUGAUCCUUGCAUAGGAGUACAGUGUCAUUCUAAAGCAGAAUGUCAAAAUGGUUACUGUCGUUGCCUGAAUGGCUACGAAGGGGAUGGUUUUCAUUAUUGUUAUGCAAUGCAAGAUGAUCCGUGUUCUAGUAUGAGAUGUCAUAUAAACGCUAAAUGCUCUGAUGGUGAAUGCCGAUGUUUGGACGGCUAUCAGGGAGAUGGAAAACAUUAUUGUGAUCCUAUUCAGCAGGACCAGUGUCAAAAUAUUCGUUGUCAUGAGUUUGCAAACUGUCAAAAUGGUAGAUGUCAAUGUAAUGCAGGUUAUGAAGGAGAUGGUUACUGGGAAUGUAAACCCAUAAAAAGUGAUCCGUGUUCUAGUAUGAGAUGUCAUAUAAACGCUAAAUGCUCUGAUGGUGAAUGCCGAUGUUUGGACGGCUAUCAGGGAGAUGGAAAACAUUAUUGUGAUCCUAUUCAGCAGGACCAGUGUCAAAAUAUUCGUUGUCAUGAGUUUGCAAACUGUCAAAAUGGUAGAUGUCAAUGUAAUGCAGGUUAUGAAGGAGAUGGUUACUGGGAAUGUAAACCCAUAAAAAGUGAUCCGUGUUCUAGUAUGAGAUGUCAUAUAAACGCUAAAUGCUCUGAUGGUGAAUGCCGAUGUUUGGACGGCUAUCAGGGAGAUGGAAAACAUUAUUGUGAUCCUAUUCAGCAGGACCAGUGUCAAAAUAUUCGUUGUCAUGAGUUUGCAAACUGUCAAAAUGGUAGAUGUCAAUGUAAUGCAGGUUAUGAAGGAGAUGGUUACUGGGAAUGUAAACCCAUAAAAAGUGAUCCGUGUUCUAGUAUGAGAUGUCAUAUAAACGCUAAAUGCUCUGAUGGUGAAUGCCGAUGUUUGGACGGCUAUCAGGGAGAUGGAAAACAUUAUUGUGAUCCUAUUCAGCAGGACCAGUGUCAAAAUAUUCGUUGUCAUGAGUUUGCAAACUGUCAAAAUGGUAGAUGUCAAUGUAAUGCAGGUUAUGAAGGAGAUGGUUACUGGGAAUGUAAACCCAUAAAAAGUGACCUUUGCAAGUAUGUUCGAUGUCAUGAAAAUGCAAAAUGCAAUGAACACGGUAAAUGUCAGUGUCUUGAUGGUUAUACGGGAGAUGGAUACUAUGAAUGUCAGAAAAGUUCACAAGAGUUAUGCGCUGGUGUUCAAUGUCAUCGUUUUGGUCAAUGUUAUGAAAAUCGAUGCUACUGCAGUCAUGGAUACGUUGGGGAUGGGGUUAACUUUUGUGAUGCACGUGCAAACGAUCCAUGUGAUGGCGUUCGUUGUGCUGCUAAUGGACGUUGUCAAGAUGGUCGAUGCGUAUGUGAUCCUGGUUAUACAGGAGAUGGUUACAAUGAAUGUCGAGAAGCCGAGGGUGUGAAAUUGUGUGGUAAUGUACAAUGUCAUCAAUAUGCUACAUGUGAUAGAGGACAGUGUCGUUGUGUUACUGGUUAUGAUGGUGAUGGUUAUUCAGAUUGCCGACUAGUUACAGAAGAUAAGUGCUCACGAGUGAGAUGUCAUCCAGAUGCUCAGUGUACUGAUGGUUACUGUUUCUGUCCUGCUGGUUUCGAAGGAGACGGAUAUUAUGAGUGUAAACGAAUUACUCAAGAUCGUUGUGCGAAUGUUCGGUGUCAUGAAAAUGCUAAAUGUGACGACGGGUACUGUCGUUGCAAAGAAGGUUUUGAGGGUGAUGGCUACAGUGAGUGUAGACGUAAAAGUGAAGAUAGAGAUCCAUGUGCACGUAUUCGCUGUCAUCCCCAAGCUCAGUGUGAGUAUGGGUUUUGCCGCUGUAAAAAUGGUUAUAAAGGUGAUGGCUAUUGGAACUGUCAACCUAUACAAACUGAUCUAUGUCGGGCAGAACAAUGCCAUCAGUUCGCUAGAUGUGUUGAAGGUCAGUGCCGCUGUUUGGAUGGAUACGAAGGAGAUGGCUAUCAGAUGUGUAAUAUAAUACCUGGAGCAACUUCAGCAGAUUGUGGUAAUUGCAAUGGUAUACCUUUCAAAGAAAUAGCUCAGUGUGUUGGUGGACGAUGUGUUUGUGCUCGUGGAUUUAUUGAAGUUCAGGCAGGUGUCUGUAUGGAAUGUGUGCAAGACAAUUGUCAUCAGGAUGCCCUCUGUCGACCGGAUGACAGGUUUAAUGGCGCCUAUUCAUGUCAUUGUAAAGCUGGUUUUACCGGAGAUGGAGUAUCUGUUUGCAAGCCUGAAAGUGUAGGUAGAGAAGAUGCCACAUCAUCACACGCCUUUGAUCCUACGUGCGGUGGAGGCUGUAUGAUACGAAAUGCGGAAUGUGAUCGAUAUACUGGAACAUGUAAAUGUCGAUCAGGUUAUGAUGGAGAUGGAGAGAGGGGUUGCUACUGGAAUUGUAAGCUGUGUCAUCCGAGUGCUAUUUGUGAUCGUGAAAACGAAAGAUGCAUUUGUCCAUCUGGUUAUCGUGGAGAUGGACAAACAUUUUGUGAACGAAUUCCAGUUAGGCAAGAUUCUAUAAAAGUUCGAAUAAUGGGAGAAGGAGAAGUAAUGCAUAUUACAGAUAUAUCUCAUCCGCUUGAAUUAAGAUGUUUCGUAACUGGAAGCGAUCAGUCAUAUUCCGGCCAAUGGAUUCAACCACAUUCCGCUCAAGAACCAAUAGUGACUAAAACUAGACAACAAGAUGGCUAUGAAAUUUCCCUGCGUAUAAAUCAACCUGCAAUAACUGAUAGUGGAAGGUAUGAGUGCCGUGCAGGGAAUGUUGCUGCUUUCAUAGAUGUAAAUGUGGAAGAAUCAGCAAUUCCAUUCACUGUGCUACUUACAAGUGAUGAUGGGAUUUUAAUGACACAAUCUACCGAUUCAAAUGUAACCAAAGCUACUCUAUGGAAUAUUGCUGAAAAUAACAAAUAUGGACGUGUCUCCAUGGUCGGUGAUUGUAAUAGUCAACGAAUUAUAUAUACAUCUGAUUAUGGUCAUACUAUCCGAUGGGGUAAUUCAAACUCUGGACAAAAUAAAUUGGUGACAAAAGAAAUAUACACUUCACAAUUUAACCGAUUUCGCAAUUUGGCGGUAGAUUCAUUGUCUGGAAAUGUGUUUGCCUGGGAAGAGGCCUUUGGAAAAAUUAUGGUAUUCAAUCCAAAUAAACCAAAUAUUCAUUAUACACUUGAAAGUUUACAUAGCCUAACUUCAUCUGAACAACAGAAUUUCGCUGGGCUAGCUUUGCACUCCACAUUAGGUCUAAUGUACUGGGCAAUAUACACAGACGGUUGGAGACCGAAUGGUACAAUUCAAGUGGCUUCAAUGUCUGGUGAAAAUGAGGAGCAAUUAUUACAACUAACUGGUGAACCAUUGGCAAUUAGUAUAUCACCAGCAACGCCAGUUAAUGGUAAUUCCGCUGGAAAAUUAUGCUGGAUGCAAAGAUCUUCUAAAGGAAUGUUUGGACUAGUCACUGAACUACAUUGUGCACGAUUAGGUCAAACAGGUAGAGAGAUAUUAACCAAUGAAAAGAUUAGAGAAUUCAGUCCUUCUGAAGAACCAUCUUUUGGUAUGACACAAUAUAAAGGAACAUUAUUGUGGACAGAUGCUUCAAAGACAGUCUAUUACUCUAUCAAUCCUGAUCGCCGAAUACGUGUCCGUUAUGUCUGUUGUUCCAAUCGUUUCCAAGCCUUAUCAGUAUUAGGUGAUUGUCCACAAGCUUCAACUAAUCCAUGCACUUAUUCUAAUGGACGAUGUCGUUAUAUAUGUUUACCAAAUGACGGUGGUAGAUCACGUACAUGUGCAUGUCCUGAUAAUGAACCUGGAUCAAAUGAGUAUUUGACUGAUGGAGUACAUUCAUUACUCAAUAAUAAUAAUAAUAAUAAUAAUAAUAAUAAUAAUAAUAAUAAUAAUAAUAAUAAUAAUAAUAAUAAUAAUAAUAAUAAUAAUAAUAAUAAUAAUAAUAAUAAUAAUAACAAUAACAAUAAUAAUAAUAAUAAUAACAAUAAUAAUAAUAAUAACAAUAAUAAUAAUAAUAAUAAUAAUAAUAAUAAUAAUAAUAAUAAUGGGUAG